GUAGACACGCCUGUAACACAAGUGUUGAGGUACGUUGACGAUUACCUAGUUGUUAUGAAGAACAGCGAUUGCGCCCUUUCACAGCACCAAGUUAAUAACAUACUAGACAUUUUCAUGAAAUCUUCGCGAGGACUCAAGUUCACGCACGAGUUGCCGAUCAAUAACAGAAUUCAAUUCCUUGACAUUAACCUAUGCUUUUCAUCAAGUAAGCAUAUAUGCUGGUCCUAUCAGCCUAGAUCCAAGAAAACGUUGUUGCCAUAUGACAGCGCACAGACAAAACUGAUUAAGAGGGGCAUAGCCACCACGUGUAUUAACGCAGCAUUAAAUAAGUCGUGCGAGCACGAAUGUGAGCGUAGCCUGAUGAAUCAGCUGGCAAGGUUAAGAGAUGCAGGCUUUCCCCAACAUGUCGUCACAUCUGUGUGUGAGACAAUCCUGCAGAGAGCAAAAGCAGAACCAGGCAAAAAAGAAAACAAUCAAGACAGGAGACCAGUGCACGUUGUUCCGUACGUGCACAAGCUAUCACACAAUCUUAAGAAAGUUUCAAAUAGGCAUAAUGUCAACUUGCUUUUCAACGCCCCUUGCAAGCUGUCUUCGAUUUGUGCACGCAUGAAACCAAGAUACAGGCCCCCCGCUUGCACUGUCAAUCACAAAACCCGAUUUUUGUCUGAUUGCACAAGUAAUGUAGGGUAUCAGAUUCCCUUGAAUUGUGGAAAAGUUUACAUAGGUCAAACUGGACAAUGUUUCAAUGAUCGAGCUCGACAACACUGCAACAACGUAAAGAACGGAUAUGGUAGCCAUUUAGCUGACCAUUGUAAGAAACAUGCAUGCAUUCCGAUGUUUAAUAAAACGAAAUUUAUAGGAAAAGGAAUAUCUAAGAAGGAAAGAGAAAUUUUAGAGGCCUUUUGGAUCAGCAUCGAAGGUGACAAUUGUGUAAGUUCGCCUUCUCUUCUACUAUCGGAGAAAGAAAUAAACUUCCUGAAAGAAAGAUUGGCAUUGUGAUUAGCGAGUUGUUUGAUGUGCGCAUGUAUUUUGAGUAUGUAUAAAAAGGCUGGUUUUCUUGUAAUAAACAUUCAAUUGGCAGUCAGCGCUUGUCCUGUGGUCUUCGUUUCUUUCUCGUCCUUGUUAAUUACGCUCUGUUACUUCAUACCUUCGCUCAACGUC